UUCAUUAAAACACGACUCAACGAAAAUUUAAACCGGCUUUUCUUUCGCCGCAGGAAAACGUUUCUGGAAGUUUGUCUGAAUUCAGUUGUCACAGCUGAAGUUGAUGUAAUAUCCAUAGCCAUUUUCAGGGUUUUAGCUCGUAACUCAAGGGAAUAGUUUGGAGUUCAUGCGUCCAAGAUGAAGCCUUUCAGGGAAAGAUUUAGAAAUCAGUAUCGUUCGAAACGCUUGGAAAAUGAAAACACUUUUGCAGUGAAAUAUCUUGGUUCUGUCACCAAGCUCGCAAAGGACAUAAAAGUUGUGGAAAAUGCUGUAAAUCAACAGACGGACAGAGCUCUGAGUAAGGAGAUAAGUUCUCAGCUUCUUGGGAAGCAUUUUAUAAAUGUCACGGAGAACAGAGUUGCUUUAUUUCCCAAGGGAAAACAAAAGGAAGGACGUGAAAUUUUUUCUAUUCCCAUAGAAAAGAUGUCGUACGGAUUUUUCCCGCCAAAAUGGAAUUACCACAUAUUAGCUUUGAACAGACAUGUGUCGAAAAGRGAAGUCGAAACGUAUGUAGUUUGCUGCAAAUCCAAGGAAAAGAUGCUUGCCAUAAAAGUGGCUUUUUAUUCUACGUUCAAGGGAAGAUAUCUUGCAAGACUACGAAAAGAGAGAAUAGAAAAUAAUGUGCUUUCAAACCAAUACUUUCACUAUCAACAUUACAAUCGAGAAGACAAUGAAAAUCCCCAGAAAAAUAUGCGAAACARACCUCCUGCAUUUACAAGUGGAGUCAUAAAUGAAUACUCUAAGGAAGUAAAGAAUAAAGCUGUAGAAAAAGAAACCGUCGUCGAUAUUCAUCAUCAAGAACAAAGACGAAAACGAGACGAAACAGCGGGAACACAAAAUAACUUUGUUAAAGUAUCAGAACGUCCAACCUCUAAGAUGGCGUCAGGUGCUUACAAAGAUCAGUCGCCGAAACAAGAGCGGCGUUUAAAAAGUUCUAGGUGUUAAAUUAAAUUGAUAGCCAUAAUGUUCCUGCUAUGUUUAUUACCCAUUGAUAUGUAUGCUAUAGAUAGGGUCCAAUUGAUGAUUCGCAAAAUGCAACUAGUUUUCAGAGCUUGAAACCUUUGUCGACUAUCAGGUCAUAGAACUGAGUAAAUUCUGUAAUUAAAAUCGUUAACGAGGAAAAAUAUUUACCAAAAAAAACGCCAUUAAACUUCUAUAUAUGAACACAUAUAUCAUUCGCCGCAAAUAACGGAAAUAAUCUAUAUUGUGUCUUUUAGAUGGCCAGAUAGCUUAGUCAUAAGCUUAUUGAUAAYUCUAUCUACCUCUCUCGGCAUUCUCUCUCUUAUUUAACCGUGACGUUUGCAAUAAUUCCCAACAUAAUGAAAAAACGAGGUCUUGGAACGGCCGCCAUAGUGGAGAAAAUCUCCCGUUCUAUUCUUCCAAGAUGGCGGCUAUGACAUCACAUAAAACCCAACCAGUCCAUCGUGGACUUAAAAGCCGACUGUGAAGAAUGGGCUAUCARUAUACAUUUGAUCUGUGUAAUAGUUCCAAACAUAUCUUCGCCUCAACAGUCUAUCCGGCGAUUGACGUCAUUUGCAGCUUWCAUUUAGAGUAUAUUUGGUUUAGUCCACAGACGACUAAUCUUUAUAUAUGGAAGGGAGUGCUGCAACGCAGUUCGUAUUUCAAAUAAACAUACCUGAUUUUAUUAAAAUGUAUGAGUAAAAAACCCUAAUUCUAUAAA